AUGGCGAUCUGUACUUAUAACGCACGUACGCUUGCAGCGGAAGCGGCCAUCGAAGAUCUGAUGAUGCAAGCCAAGAAGAUCAAGUACGACGUCAUCGGACUGACCGAAACGAGACGACGUCACCCUCUUAACGUCGUAUAUGAAACUGGGGAAGAACUGUCCUUAGAAACAUGCGACAGUAGAGGUGUUGGUGGAGUUGGCGUCCUCGUCAACCCGCUUUCGUUUCUACGCUGUCGAAGGUUUUCUCGUAGUCGACGAAGGUUAGAACAAUGGGCAUUUAACAUUCAACAGAUUCGCAUUUAA